AUGGAGGAACUCUUAGCGCCAAUUGAUACAGACCACAAUGGCUCUAUAGAUUACGAUGAGUUUAAAAAAUACAUCAUUGAAAAGGGCAUAUUGAAAACGUUGGCUGACGAGGUUUGCUAUGAGAUGCAGGACGCCUUCAAUGUGUUUGAUAGAGACAAAGACGGUUACAUCGAUAAGGAGGAGUUGAAAAGGGUGCUCACACAAGUUGGGGACAGAAUGCCGGAAGAAUUAGCGGACGAGUUCAUAAAAGAGGCCGACAUAAAUGGCGAUGGCAAGAUAGAUUAUGCUGAAUUCUGCAAACAUAUGGGCUACUAG